UGACGCCACAGCAGGCGCCGACCGGAAGGGGCCUGGGCUGGCGCACGUGGGUGGCGCCGCGGCUGGUGGGCGCAUGGCGAGUUCCGCGGGGCUGGCGUUGUGCGGGCAGACGCUGGUGGUGCGGGGUGGCAGCCGAUUCCUGGCCACCUCCACUGCGAGCAGCGAUGACAGCAGCCUCUUCGUCUAUGACUGCAGUACUGCAGAGAAGAAGUCACAAGAAAAUAAAGGGGAGGAUGGGCCACCCUUCGUCCCGGGGAGCGGUGCGAUUCUGGCAUCCACCUUCUCUGAGUCUGGGCGCUAUUUUGCUUUAACCGAUGACAGUAAGCGUCUGAUUCUUUUCCGUACAAAACCAUGGCAAUGUCUGAGUGUCAGGGCCGUGGUGAGGAGGUGUACGGCCCUGACCUUCACCGCCUCCGAGGAGAAGGUCUUGGUGGCCGACAAGUCUGGAGACGUGUACUCCUUUUCGGUGUCGGAGCCACACGGGUGUGGCCGUCUUGAACUCGGGCACCUGUCUAUGCUGCUGGACGUGGCUGUGAGUCCCGACGACAGCUUCAUCCUCACUGCUGACCGGGACGAGAAGAUCCGGGUGAGCUGGGCGGCGGCACCCCACAGCAUCGAGUCCUUCUGCCUGGGGCACACAGAGUUUGUGAGCCGCAUCUUCGUGGUGCCCGGUUAUCCUGAGCUGCUCUUGUCCUCCUCCGGGGAUGGCACCCUGAGGCUCUGGGACUACAAAAGCGGCCACCAACUGCACUGCUGUCACCUGGCCAGUCUGCAAGAGCUGGCGGAGCCCUGGAGCCAGAAGAGGUUGGCGGCCUCCAGGAUCGCGUUCUGGCGCCAGGAGGACUGCGUCGCAUUGCUGUGUGACUGCAUCCCUGCGGUCUACAUCUUCCAGCUCGAUGCCCUCAGGCGGCAGCUGCUGUACACACAGCGGCUGUUGUUCCAGCGCCGAGUGUGGGAUGUGGCUUUCGAGGAGACGCAGGGGCUGUGGGCUCUGCAGGACAGCCGGGAGAACCCGCUGGUGCUCUGCAGGCCUGUGGACGGCCAGUGGCAGUUGGUUCCCGAAAGUGCUGCAGUGCAGACCGUCUGCGGCGUUCUUCGUGGGCACUGGGCCAUGCUGGCAGGCUGUGCUGGCGCCGACGCCGUCUUCAGUGGUCUCUACAAGGCCACCUUCGACAACAUGACCUCCUACCUGCAGAAGAAGGAGGAGCGCCUGCAGCAGCAGCGGGAGAAGCGGCGGCGGCGGAGUCCCCCGCCUGGGCCCAACGGGCAGACCAAGAAGAUGAGGCCGGGGCAGGUGGCCUGGAGUUGCUGACCCUUGUGGCUAGCGGUGGCUCUCACAGCUCUGGACAGCAGGGGCCGCUUGUGCUUGUUUCUCCCUCGCCCUGGCAGCUCCUUUUGAGAAGAAGAAGGUGGCAGCCGUUAGAUCCCAGCCAGCACGGCUCAGGGGAUGCGAUGGUCUCUUGGGCUCUAGAAUGUUCUGUGUCGCUGAGCACAGGCUUUUGUGGGUGUCUGUGCCCCCUUGUUGAAGGGAAGCCGCACAGGAUGUUGGCUUAACUGAGACACUGCAGGGGAGCAGAGGCUCCUCGAAGCGCUUUAUCUCCUUGUUGGGGGCAAUGCGUGAACCCGCAGAAGAGGCACUUGUUGAUUUUUCUACUGUACCCACGACACCAUUCCUGCCGGCCGCGUCUUUCUCCAGGGAAGAUCUGCGGGCAGACGUUUUCGUGGUGACGUAUUGGCCACAAAAACGUUGUCACGUUGCCCCACCAUCUCCCUCCAGGUGCGCUGCUGUGCAUGUGGCCACUUGCCACGUGGGGACCUUGAGACUUGGCAGAAUCAGCUCCUCUGCUCCUCCCAGCUGCAGCCACGUUUCCUGUGCUCAGCACGUGCGAGUGACUCCCACGUGGGAAGUGCAGAGACGUGCCUGUCAUCGCAGGGCGCUCUGUUAGGCAGAGCUGGCCCACAAGGUGGAUUUUUUCAGGAAGUGCGAGGACACGGGCGCUGGCUAGAAACCCAGCUUUGCAGAGGAAUGGUUGAUGAUGUCAUGCGUAUUUACUACUUGAUUUGACCUUUGCAUAGGCUGCAGAGCGGCCGGGUUGUCAGCUGAAUUCUAAUCACCGAUCAGUAAGGACAAGCUUUUUGCAACUUUCCGGAAAUGUUUAGCACAGCACGUGGAACGAGUUUCAAAAUAUGUUGAGCCAGGCAUUUUGGUACACGUGCCGUUGUGACUGAAGUGUUCACUGCACGAUGAGGUUCUUUUACUGCCGGGCUUCUGGUUUGGCUCCUGCCCCCUCUGGUUACGUCUCAGACGUGGGAAUAGCCGUGCACGUUGGUGAUGACUUCGGUGUGGGGUUUCACUGGGGACUUAGGAACAAAAUCCUUUUGUGUAUUUCAAAAGGUGGAAUGAUUCACAUCUUUCAUAAGUGCCUUUUCUUUUAACAUUGACCUGGAAACAGUGCUGUCUGUGAAGUGCCUGGGCCCAUCUCCCACGCUGCAGCAGUUCCAGAGCAGAGGGCCGCCCCUGGGACCUCGUCCGCACUCUGGGGGCACCUGGCAAGGGGCACGUGUUCUCAGUCAUCUGCUUUGAAAGUCUCGGUUUCAGGGGAAAUUCAGGUUUGGUCUUCGCUCAAGACAGAGCUUGGCGAACUGGCCUGCGAGUCUGAUGCUGCCCCUGCCUGAUUUUAUGGGUCUUUGAGUGAUGAAUGGUUUUUAUGUUUUUAAAAUGAU